AUGCCUGUCAGCAUGUUCAGCAUCGACAGUAUUCUGGCGGCCAGACCUCGCUGCAAGGACUCGCUGCUGCUGCCCCCGAGCGCCGCCGCUCCCGUCGUCUUCCCCGGCCUUCACGGGGACUCGCUCUACGCCGGCACCUCCGACUACGGCGGAUUUUACUCCCGGGCAGUGGCACCCGCCUCCGCGCUGCCGCCGGCGGUCACCGGAUCGCGGCUUGGCUACAACAACUACUACUACGGGCAGCUGCAUGUGCCGGCGUCUCCCGUGGGCCCUUCGUGCUGCAGUGCCGUGCCGGCCCUGGGCGCCCAGCAGUGCUCCUGCGUCCCCCCCACAGGUUACGAGGGCACUGGGUCAGUCCUGAUGUCCCCUGUUCCCCAUCAGAUGUUGCCCUACAUGAACGUGGGCACUUUGUCCCGGACGGAGCUGCAGCUACUGAACCAGCUGCACUGUAGGCGAAAAAGACGGCAUCGGACGAUCUUCACUGACGAGCAGCUCGAAGCACUGGAAAACCUCUUCCAGGAAACGAAAUACCCAGACGUGGGCACCAGGGAACAGCUGGCCAGAAGGGUGCACUUAAGAGAGGAAAAAGUGGAGGUUUGGUUCAAAAACCGCCGGGCAAAGUGGAGGAGGCAAAAGCGAUCGUCUUCGGAGGAGUCAGAAAACACACAAAAAUGGAAUAAAGCGUCUAAAACGUCUCCGGAGAAGAGACAAGAAGAUGGGAAAAGUGACUUGGAUUCCGACAGCUGA